UAGGCCCAUAAUUAUCAAGACUGCCAGGUUCAUCCUUAACGACUGGCUCUAACAGAGCAGACAAUAAUGGGUCUAGUCACAAGCCAUGGAUCAAACAAACAGCAAAAUGUUAAAUGCCUGAUGAUAAAUAUGAUCUAACCCACAUGUUUUAUUAUCUGGCCACUAUGGCUAUACACAAGCUGCUAUAAUGCUUUUGCCAUGAUUCUCCAAUAUAGUGUGCAAUACGAAGGAAAUUAUGCUGCAAUCACCACCUUACCUGUUCUACAAUUCAAUUUCAGCUCAGGUUACUUCGUGUGGCACGUCCUUCAGUUUUAAAAAAAAAAAAUACUAGCUCACCCUGGCUCCCACACAACUUACAUCAGCUAAAACGUUGUUCAUGGGGCCCUCAAGGUAAAAUAAACACAAAAAACAGCUUAAAACCUUCCCUGCUUUAAACCUGGUCAUUAGUUUUAUGUAACACAUUUGUAAAUAUGGUAGUGUAUCCUUAUCUGUGUUGAGUUAUCAAGUAAGAUUAGUGUGAAAUUAAAAUUAGAUGAAUGAAAAUGACCCAUUUCUCUUCCACACCCAGGGCAGUGUUUCUGCGUCUGGUGAGUCUGGGCGUCCUCCUCUACACCCUGUGGAGUCAGAUCACCUGCUACCCUAACGAGCUCAAAGGAAACUGUACACUGUGCGGGUACAACUACGAUGAAUUCCAAUGCUGGGAAACACGUGUGGGGCAGGAAAUGUACAAGCUCACAAUGUUUGACCUCCUCAUCACCGUUGCUGUUUUUCUGCUGGUUGAAUUUCCACGCAGGCUUGUGGUGGAUAACUGUUCCUGUAAGCCUGUUCAGUGGGUGGGGCGGCAGGAGUUUGUGGUUCCCUCCAAUGUGCUUGGCCUGGUUUAUGGUCAGACUGUGGUCUGGGUGGGAGCUCUUUUUUGCCCUCUGCUGCCCGCCAUCAACACCUUGAAGUUUGUCAUCCUGUUUUACUGCAAGAAGAUAACACUCUUCCAAAACUGUCGGCCAGCGCUGAGGACGUUUCGUUCUACCACCUCCACCUUCUUUUUUCUGGUGGUGCUCCUGUUUGGAUGGGGUUUGGCAACAGUUGUCUUGAUUUACAGUCUCUCUGAGAUCCGUCCCUCUUACGGUUGUGGUCCUUUCCACUCAUCCAGUACCAUGUGGUCAACUGUUCCAGACUCAUUCAACAAUCUCUCUAACGUCACACAGGAGUUUCUCUUCUUCGUCGGCUCCCAGGCGUUCUCCAUCCCUCUUUUUGCAUUAGCAAUUGUGGUGAUGUGCUAUGUCGUAGCUUUAGCAACUGUCUAUGGGAGAAGCAUUGCACUGCUAAAAGCUCAGCUUAAACUGGAGAGCCGUGACAAACAGUUCCUGAUCAAGCAGAUUGAGAGCCUGACUCGGCAAGCUCAUAUACCGACACAUCAUGCAGGAGUACAAGAUUGAAAACGAUAUGGGCAAGGAUCUACCGUCUUGAAAACAACAUAAUAAGACUUGUUUUUAUGUUUAUAAUUUAAUGCAGGCUAGGUUUUACCACACACGUCUGCACGAAGAUAACUGUAUUAAAAGUUGUGAUUUUUUUAAAAGGAAUACAUAAAGAAGGAGAAUUAAAACUUUAUCGUUAUUAGAGUAUAACAUUUCCAAUAUGUAAAUAGAUUAGUGCCUUUUCUGUCUGUCCUUCAAAGCAGAUAUUCUUUUCUUUACAUAAUAAAAUAAAAUGAGAAACAUAACAGCCCCCUC